CACCCUAUUACACAUCAUGUCAUAGAAACAGGUUAUGAUCAGUAUUGAAAACCAUGUGGUCACUAACGGGCACAAUAUUGGGUAAAGCCGGGUAUAAAGGACUUCAACUGACCGCUGGGUGCAUUAAGUCCGGACACAUCCAACCGAUGACCACUGCACCUGUUGAUAACAGAAAGAUGGAUUUUUCUGCACUGAGCAAGAUGGAGUAUGGAGAGACGAGUUUUGAGUUCAGCCCCCUAGGCCUGUUGAAGUUUGACGAUGACGAGCCUAUGGAUCUGUGUGACGUCAUGACACCCCCAGCGAAGGCCAUCCACCCCCCUCCCGUACAAGAUGAGGACUCGGGACUAGGCAUGGAGUUUGACGCAGUCACCGAGACCGACAACAAGCCAGUUAAAGACAUCACCCACACACCAAAGACCAGGGAGGUGUCGCAGUCCUUCUGUAUCCGACGAACCCUGUUCCAAAAGUCAAGGUGUCUCCUUGACGACGGCUCCAUCUCCAAGCGACCGAGAUUAGACGAACCACGUGACGAGAACAAGCCAAAGAAAUCUCUGAUGAAGUCAUUAUCGUUUGGGGCCCAACCUAUUACACGAUGUGACGUCAUAUCCGCUGUUGAGCGAUUGGUGGAGGAGGAUGACUUGAUCGGAAACGGAACUCAGAACUUCUGUCUACCCACAAUCCCUGGCAAGCAUUCCGAUCUUAAGAGCAUCACACCGGAAACGAUGGCCGACGUUUUGGCGGGAAAGUACGACGACUCCAUCAACAGUUACCGGGUGAUUGACUGUCGCUACCCUUACGAGUAUGACGGUGGCCACAUCAAGAAUGCCGAGAACAGAUACACACGUGACCAGAUGAUGGAGGUCCUGAAGGGAAGGGAACCUGCCCGAGGUGACCGCAAUGAUAUUCUCAUCUUCCACUGCGAGUUUUCGUCCGAGAGAGGUCCGAAAAUGUGCCGAUUCCUCAGGAACAAAGAUAGAGAGAUGAACACCGACAACUACCCACUUCUCAACUACCCGGAAGUCUACCUAUUGCAUGAUGGGUACAAAGCUUUCUACGAAACUAAAGAGGACCUCUGUGAGCCCAUGACCUACAAGCCUAUGCUGGAUAGAAACCACACCGAUGAUCUACGUCACUUCCGCUCCAAGUCCAAGUCGUGGUGCGCAGGGCAGAAGAAGAGGUCCAGUCGCUUGAUGUUUUAGAAAAACGAACUUCCGUUUUGAAAAAUUGAUGCCGAGUUGGAGUAUCAGUUCAUACAAUUUCCAUUCUCUGAUUGAUCAGCGAUUUGUAAAACUUUACCGGACACAAGUUACACAAGUUCGCAUGAUGGAUCAACACUUUACGUUAUGGAUCAUGAUAUUUCCAUUUGAACUUUUAAAAGUGCUAUUUAUGUCUGUGUGUCGUGUAAAUACUGUCUGACGUUGUAUUUAUUCUUAAUUUAUGGAAAUAUGAAGGUGAUGUACACAUGCGUGUGAACAGACUAUCCUACACCUUUUUUAAUGUUCAUUGCAAAUAUUUUUUUAUUUGUUAAUUCAUCCUUUAGCGGAUAUAUCAGACUCUAACUCAUUGCACACCGCAAAAUACAAAUCAUAUAUUUUAAUUUUCUUGCCUUUUUGAUAUAAAAUUACAAAAAUGUUUCCGACCUUUUGUUUUUAUUUGCUUUACAAAGUAUGAUAUCCGUCGUUGGUUUAUGCAAUAAAUGAGCAAACAUAUAUAACAAAACUUGAUUUAUAUCAAAAUUUGCUUUUAAGUCUGUUUCGUUUGGGAAAUUACUGGAAUCACAGCAUGCUAUUUAUUUGGAUAAUUUGGUUUUUUCCUAAGAUAGUCCUAUAUUCGUAAUAUCAAGCAUUUGUUAUCGAUAUUGUAAUGUAGAGGUUUGAGUACAGAGUCUAAUGUUUGAAUAAUGUAGAUAUGCCUACUAUAUGUAUAAGUUGUAUGUAUGAUACAUUGUGUGUGUGUAUAUAUAUAUAUAUAUAUAUAUAUACUAUAUUGUGUUUGCAUGUACUAGAUGAUACAUUAAGAUGUAAAUAUCCGUAACACAAGGUCUGAUUGAAGUAAGAGAAAAAGCGAAGGAGAGAAAAUAGUGAGAGAAACGUGGAUGAUAAAUACAGAUAGAAUGAGAAUGAUAGGAGCGAAGGAGAGAAAGGCCCAGAAUGAAAUAUCGAAUGAGGGAGAUAAUAGGGAACGAUGGAAAGGGAAAAUGGAUAAAAACAGUGUAUUACUGUGACUUGAGUGAUAUAUAUACACAAUAAAGGGUAUGAGUGAAAGAAGAUGUGACAAAGAGAAAAGGAAGAAUGAGAGCGCGAGGUGAAGAAGCCUACAGAAACAGCCCGAAUGUUUCACAUAAAUGUAGAUAUAAAUUAUUUAUUUAUUUUAUUACUUCCGAACUGUUUCUUCCUAACCUGUCGAUCCGAACUUAUAUUGUUAUAAUAAAUUAUUGAAUUUUA